AAGAACGUUCUCGGUGCGUUGGGUCACGUGGGGACUGUGAGACGAUGGGCGUGGUUUUGUCUCGUGGAGUCAUUGUUCAGCCAUCAGGUCGUCGGAUCCAGAGUCUACCCCGAAUUAUUGAUUUUUAUUGUUUUAGUCAUGGAUAUCAACAAGCCCAGAACCAUCAGCCAGAGUGUAUCUUCAUUCAAGCUGCCUAAUGGAUACGUCCUGCCUGAGGGUAGACUGACCCCUAACACCCUGUUUGUGGGUGGAAUCGACAUGAAGGUGGAGGAAAAUGAAAUGUGGGACUUCUUUACAAGAUAUGGCAACGUCAAGGAAGUAAAAAUCAUUACAUACCGGGGAGGGGUGUGCAAAGGCUACGGCUUUGUGUACUUUAAUGAAGAUGUCAACAUUCAGUCAAUCAUUGAGCAACAGAUCAUUUUUAAGGGGCGCAAACUCAAGCUGGGACCUGCAAUCAUGAAGCAACGGAUCCCAAGAUCCAUACCCACCCGCCUGGUUGGACCUACUCCUUGGAUAAGUCCUAACCAUUAUAUCUGCUGUGGGUGCUGCUCACCUGUGGGAGGAGGGCUUCCACAGCCUGCACCUGUCUUCAGCGGAGGCAGCCCCUAUAAUCAGGUGGAUUUCCCAUGUCUGCCUUUCUCCUACAGCAGCUUCGGCGAAGUGAUGCUUCCACAGAUACCGAUGAGCUACACACAGAGUCCCUACCCCUAUCAGUACACCCCAGCUCCCUGGACCCCGGACCAAAGGACUCAACCUUUCCAUCAGAGCUUUGUGGACUCUGGAGUCCAGACUAUGCUGAAUGUGCUGUAGUCAAAGGCCACAGAACAUCCUACAAGAUGCAGGCCGCAGCAGCUUCAACAAGUCAGGAUGCAGACGAGGUGACAUCUAAGCCCCGUCUACGUCUGAAAGCAUCCAGACGCCGCGGCUUGUUUUCACAACGCCCUCGCCUCAAGUUUUUCAGAGCCGUUUUAACACCGGACUGCACGAGCUUUCCUCUUAAACUGAACCACUGUGACCCCAGCGACUUCACCGCAGAUCAGCGAGGUCGACCUGUGGUUGGCUGCUUUUAAUUCACCCAGACCACAGACACUUUUAGAAAGAACGAGAAGAGCACGCUCAGUAGGCCAGCCGCUUCAUACGAUCACUUUUUUUUUUCUUCUAUAGUCUUAAACAAAAAAAAAAAAAAAAAAAGGAAAGUCUUUUAAUCGCACUUUUUGUGUUUAUGGUAUUUAUGUGUUUACAUUUUGUCUAUUAUUUAUUGGCCUUAUUUAGUCUGUUAGAAGGGCUCUCUCUACAUAGGAAAAAGUAGAUUUGUACAUCCUAAUUGUUUCCUACUCUGGAUUUUUCUUUUAGGUCUGAUUCUUCCCUGAUUAAGAUCUUAACUUUUCUCACAGCAGAAGAUCACUGCUGAGCACUGGGGGUGUAUUGCGUUCCCAUUUCAUUUCACUGGGUGUCACUGUAGCAAAUGGAAAGGCAGCUUUGACCUCGCACCUCAUGGUUUUUCUUUUUGUCUAAAUGUUUUGUCACUUGCUUCCAGAAGUUCUGUGGAGGAAAAUCACAGCAUCAAUUCACUUUGACUCAUUAUUAAACUUGCGUUAGGAUGGAAAGGAGAAAAAUGAUGUUUAAAAAA